GUCGAAACUAAAUUUCCUUACCAUCACGUUUCGCCGAAACCCCAGCAAACAGGAGCAUGGAUAUCAGUACGAUUCUUUCAAGUACAGACCUGAAACAAUGCCAGUUGAUCGGUUAUAUUGACAACAAAGUGGUGCUUCUACGUUUGAGAGUAGAUCAAGGCGGUAAAACAGGAUGGCAUAUAAUAGCAGUAGAUCAGCAUGCUGCACAUGAAAGAAUAUUACUAGAACAGUUGGAAUCUCAAUGGGAAACAGUUGCUAAAACGAAAAAUGACUCCACUGGUAUCAGCACUGUGCGGUGUGCCGUAAAGUUUUAUGGGCUCAGCGGAAAGUCACUGCGGCAAUGCUAUGAAAAUCAUCCAGACGCACUGAAUUCCCUCAAAUCAUUCGGAUUGGAGUUAGAACUCGACCCAAAGGAUUCCACCUCGAUUCGCGCCAUAAGCAUCCCGGAGAUAUUCACGAGGUCCGGGAAUUUAUGCACGCGAGCAGAAGCUGAUGUCUUUAAAUUCUUUAAAACGUUUGCCGAAAGCUACAAAAUGGGAAGAAAGAAACUAUUUAACCACCUACGUGAAGUGAUUCACCCGCAUUUACAGAAGCGUGCUUGCAACUCGGCUGUUCGGUUCGGAGAUCCGCUUAAGGAAUUUGAAAUAAAAGAACUGAUUCAUCGCCUCUCAGACUGCCGUUUACCCUUUCAAUGUGCACACGGUCGUCCGACCUGCGUCAUAUUGUCUACAUUGUUCGAUACAUAAAUUGAUAUUUGGACUCUUCACAGCUGAAUGCUGUCACUACUAACAGUCGGCAUCACGGGAUUCGGCAACUGGACGGACAAGACCUCUGCCAUAGAUGUAUGUAAACUCUUCGACAGUCAGCUCAUGAGUAGUGUAUUACUUCUACGUGUCACGAUAUUUCGAAUGCCGUGCCAAAUGGAACAUGAGGCGACUUGGUGCAGCGCAUUCAGUUGCUUAGAAACACCAUACACGAGAUUCAACUGUAUUCCAGGUGAG